AUGACCAGAGUGAUUCUGAUUGGUGUGGGCGGUGCAACUUGCUCGGGCAAGACAACCCUCGCCAAACAUCUUAACCGCAUCUUGCCAGACAGUGUCAUCAUACACCAGGACCCUCAGGAACUCGUCCCCUUCCAUCCUGUCCAUAAUGUCCAGGAUUGGGAUGCUCCUGCGGGUGCCAUAACCUGGCCUCGCCUCAUCCAGUUUCUGCACAAGGUCAAACAGACUGGUCAGAUCCCCCCUGACCAUCGGAGUCACGACCACCUCAACGAGCAGAAGGAGAUCAGUGUCGACGCCUCCGUCCGAGACAAGUGGAUCGCCGAGUUCGAGAAGAUCAAGAGGGAUAUAGAGGCGGCUGAUGGUGAGCGUAUUGUCUGGGGUUUGGUAGAUGGUUUCCUGUUAUACUGGCACAAAGAGGUUAUAGAGCAACUAGACGUUCGCAUCAUGUUGCGUGUCCCCCAUGAUGUUCUCAGAAAACGACGCCACGAAAGACAUGGUUAUCAUACAGCAGUCCAAUCCGACCCAGAGGGUUCCCUUUGGCGGGACCCCCCAGGUUAUUGGGAAGACAUCGUAUACCCGGCGUAUGUCGAGGCUAACAAGGACGUAUUCGAGGAUGGCGACGUAGAGCAUGGUAAGCCUACGAACAAGGUGGAGGGCCUCGUCCUGUUGGAGAGUUUGAACAUAUCUAUGUCAGAGGCGGUCGAGCGAUGCUGUCAAGUCAUCAGAGCAGCCGUGGCCAAAGAUGAAUCAUGA